CGUCUGCGAGCUCCCUCUUUCUUACCCAUCCAGCCGGCUGCCGGGGCCGAGCGUGCGGGAUUCGUCCUCCGCCUGUGGCGCUAAAGAGUCCCCGCCCCAGACCAGAAAAGGGGCCGAAGGGAGCGAGCGUGAGCCAUGGCGGCCACCCGGCUACCCCCCACGGCCUUAAGCCUGAAGCAGUUCCUCAGAAGACAGCAGGUUCUUCAGUUAUACAGAAAAAUCCUCAGGACCAUUCGUCAGAUCCCCAAUGAAGCAGAUCGUCGCUACAUGAGAGACUGGGCGAGAGAAGAUUUCAAAAGGAAUAAAGAGGCUACAGAUGAGGAUGCAAUUAAGAUGAUGAUCACUCAUGGCAACCUACAGCUUCAGGAGCUUGAGAGAACACUAAAAUUGGCAAAAUCCUAGGCUUAAUUCUGCUUACAAGUCAAAACAAUUUUUCAUUGUAUCUAACGGCAAAGACAUUAAGUGGGAAGAGCCCUGCUGAUCAUCCAAAGAUGUCCAGUGUACACUUCUCAAAAGUUAGAUGGAAGACCUGAUGAAUACUCUUUGUCGUAGUAUAAAUGCCAUAUGCCUGAAAAUUAAGGUGCAAUAAGAAUAAAAAGACAAGCAAUUACAGCAACAUCCGGACAAUCCAUGUGAAAAGUG